AUGAAUCCCGCUGAACCAAAGCACCACCAUUUCCCCCUUAAUCCAACACCCCAACCCUUCCUAUCAAAAUUCAAAAAAUUCACAUUCCAAACCCUACCCUUAUUCAUUCUAUUCACAUCAAUCGCAUUAGCUUUCACAAAAUCAAAUUACUUUAAACUCCAUUACUUCAAAUUCUCCCUCAAAUCACAAACCCUCUUUUCACCCUCAAAACCACUUUCUACACCCUCCCAUUGUGUCCUAUGGAUGGCCCCUUUUCUUUCAGGUGGUGGGUAUAGCUCAGAAAGCUGGUCUUACAUUUUAUCCCUUCAUAGAAACAUAAAAAUGCGUUCUUUUAAGCUAGCAAUUGAGCACCAUGGUGAUCUUGAAUCUUUGGAUUUUUGGGAGGGUUUGCCACAGGAUAUGAAGAGUUUGGCUAUUGAGUUGUAUCAUACGAAAUGUAAUAUGAAUGAAACUAUUGUGAUUUGUCAUAGUGAGCCUGGUGCUUGGUACCCUCCAUUGUUUCAAACGGUACCAUGUCCGCCGUCGGUUUACCGUGAUUUUAAGUCUGUGAUUGGUAGGACUAUGUUUGAGACUGAUAGAGUGAAUGACAAACAUGCCGAGCGAUGUAAUAAAAUGGAUUAUGUUUGGGUUCCUACAGAGUUUCAUAAGACUACUUUUGUUGAAAGUGGGGUUCUUCCUUCCAAGGUGGUGAAGAUUGUUCAACCUAUCGAUGUGAAGUUCUUUGAUCCAGUCAAGUACAAGGCGUUGGAUAUUCGUUCUACGGCUGAACUGAUUUUAGGUUCUGGAGUGAGUAAGGGUUUUGUGUUUUUAAGUAUCUUCAAGUGGGAGUAUAGGAAAGGGUGGGAUGUGUUGUUGAAAUCAUAUUUGAAGGAGUUUUCGGGAGAUGAUAGUGUUGCUUUAUACUUGUUGACGAAUCCUUAUCAUACUGAUGGUGAUUUUGGAAACAAAAUAUUGGACUUUGUUGAAAAUUUUGAUUUCGAAGAACCGGAUAGUGAUUGGGCUUCGGUCUAUGUUAUUGAUACACACAUUGCGCAAAGUGACUUGCCGAGGGUUUACAGGGCAGCGGAUGCUUUUGUUCUUCCUUCAAGAGGGGAAGGAUGGGGAAGACCUCUGGUGGAAGCCAUGUCAAUGUCGUUGCCAGUGAUUGCUACGAAUUGGUCGGGACCGACUGAAUUUUUGACAGAGUAUAAUAGCUAUCCACUGCCAGUAGGUAGAAUGAGUGAAGUAAUGGAAGGUCCAUUCAAGGGACAUCUUUGGGCUGAACCUUCUGAAGAUAAACUCCGGUUUCUUAUGAGGCAUGUGGUGGAUAACCCGACUGAGGCUAAAGUCAUAGGUAGAAAGGCAAGGGAGGACAUGAUAAGACAGUACUCGCCUGAGAUUGUGGCAGAAAUUGUUGCAGACCACAUACAAAACAUAUUUGGGAGGUAA